AUGGAGAAAAAAAUAAUACUGAAAGAUAUAGAAGCUAUGAUGGAAAAGAAAAAGAUUAUUCCUUUCGACCCGAAAGUUCAUUUCACUUUAAAUGUAAUGUUAGCACAAGUUGCUCCACAUUUCUACACCAAUGAAGAGUUAUCACAAAUUGAAGAACUACAUCAAAGUGUUUGUCAAGAAACUAAACCAUCUCUUAUUUUACAAAACCCUAUAAAAGAGAAAGUGGAUAACAACAAGAAGAUGUGUUGCUCAAGUAGUGAAGGUAGCAGCAUGUCUUGUGGAGAAAGAAGAGUGAAACCAAAGACCAUAAAGGAAAAAGAAUUAUCACAACCACCAAAAUUGUCUAUUCAAGUCAUGGACAAGAUCGCAAAGUUGAAUGGUACUAAAGUAAGAUAUGUUAUGUGCAAGAAGUUGUUUAAAACGGAUCUCAACAUGAAUAACAAUCGUCUUUCAAUGCCACUUAAUAAAAUCAAAUGUGAUUUUCUCACUGAAAUAGAGAAGAAGAUAUUAGAUACAAAGGAAGAAGAUAAACCUCUUGGGUUAGAAGUAAUUGUGUUGGAUUCUUCGUUUAGAGAAUUUACUAUGUCUUUGAAAAUGUGGAAGAUGCACAGCAAGUCAAAGAUGCAUCCAACUAGUGUUUAUAAUCUUAUUAGGAAUUGGAGGCUUCUUGUGGCGCAAAACAAUUUGAAAGAGGAUCAAAAACUCAACAUUUGGUCAUUUAGGGUCAAUGACAAGUUACACUUCUUACUCGACGAUAAGAAUUCUUAG